ACGUUUUUCCUAUUUGUCAUGACGUAUUUCCUUUCUCACGUCCUUGUUAGCGCGUAGCGGCGUUGUCGCUACACAAUUUGAAAACAAACAUGGCAAAAAUAAGUAAAGAGACAAAACAGCGGUUGCAGCAGCUCUUUCAGUGCGGCCAGUUCGUCAUUCGAUGGGGUUUCAUCCCGACCGUGCUGUAUUUGGGCUUCAAACGAGGAGCGGAUCCGGGAAUGCCGGAACCUUCCAUAUUGGGUUUGCUUUGGGGUUGAGGAAGAACUACGAUGUCCACGUCGUCGACAACCAACUUGAAUCAAAUAUUUUUCUGCACCCUGCUCCCAAACUAGUUGUUCAAAAUGAUGUUCUUUACACACUGUUGACUCGGUGACAGAUUUUUUUUAUUUAUGACCCUGUGAUCCAUGUUUAUGUCAGUACAUGUCUGACGAUCGAUUAUAUUAGUGUCGUUAUUUUAAAUUUGAAGACAUGGCAUCAAAAUAAAUUGAAAUAUCAUGAAAAACGUCA